UACAAUUUUAAUAUGACAAACUAAAAAUGAAAGAUGAGCUGAUGAGACAACUUUAGCGGGACAGAAAGGAAUAAAUGCUUGGUUUUUUAUUUUUUUGUAAAAUUAUCUCUUUUAUGAUUCUCUUUUAAGAUGGAGGAAUUUUGGGUAAAGCAUUUGAAAGUUUGUCCAUUGCUUCACGCUAAAGAAAAUGAUCCAAUGUGUAAGAAUCAACAAAACAGUACACAAAUCAAGUCUAAUCAUGAAAUGUGAGCCCUUCAUUACCUCAACCCUUCAUUCCUCUCUUGCUUAGCAUGAACACCUCCCAUUUUCAUUGGACUUGAUUAUAACAAUAUUCUAAAGCACACACAGAAUUGGUGCCCUCCCAUUACCAGCACCCCUCAUUCUCCAUUCAUCCUUUCCCCUCUCUAUAUAUCUAUUCACUCUUUCCUAUCAAUCAAAGUUUCUGUUUUUCUGUUCCUGCGAUCCCUUUCCAAGCAAAUUUAUUAAUCAAUAAUUUGAGAAGAUUCGGUCUUCUCAUUCGUCUUCAAUUCAAUUCACUCUCGUCGCCAUUAUCUACUGAUUGCUACCUCUCCAAUUCCCAAAUCAAUUUGAGAGAUCCGAUCCUCAUUCAAUUUGUGGCUGCCGGCGAUUUCUGUGGUGGAAUGGAAAUGGAUCCGGCGGAGCUACGUCGGGUGUUCCACAUGUUCGACCGGAACGGUGACGGGAAGAUAACGAGGAAGGAGCUAAGCGAGUCGCUAGAGAAGCUCAACAUCCACAUACCGGAGAAGGAGGUGAUUCAGAUGGUGGAGAAGAUCGACGUGAACGGCGACGGGUACGUGGACAUGGAGGAGUUCGGGACGCUGUACGGGGCGUUGAUGGAGGAGAUGAGGGACGGGGAGGGCGGGGAGGAGGAGGAGGAGAUGAGGGAGGCGUUCAACGUGUUCGAUCAGAACGGCGACGGCUUCAUAACGGUGGAGGAGUUGAGAUCCGUGCUGGUGUCGCUAGGGUUGAAGCAGGGGAGGACGGUGGAGGAUUGCCGGAAGAUGAUCGCGAAGGUGGACGUCGACGGGGACGGUAUGGUGAAUUAUGAUGAGUUCCGGCAGAUGAUGAAGGGCGGCGGCUUUGCCGCCUUAACUUGAAUUCUUCAUUCCCGGCUUUCUUCUCUUUGAUCAUUCCCGAUUGACUAAAUACUUCGUAUAUUGUUUUUAUGUGAUACCGUUGGUGCCUAGCUAUUGGCCUAUUUGAUUUGAUCUUGCGAAUUUUGUGUAUUAAACUAUCAAAAAUGCUAAGCAUAUACACUACAUCUUUGUACAUUUUGUUGUGUUUAUCAGGUAAUUUGUCACUGUCAUGACAGAAAAAUACACACACAAAAAAACUGUAACAUUGCAUUAAAUGUUUGUGAUACAAAUAAAAAAAACUGUAACAUUGCAUUAAAUGUUUGUGAUACAAAUAAAAUAUGUGAAGCGUGUACACAAAACCAAAUAUGAUUGCUGAACUAUUAAAUCCC